AUGGAUAAUAUGCUAACUGACGGGAUUUCUGCGAUAUCUCCUCCACCCCCUCCAGAGCCUAUUGAUCGCCCGCCGACCCCUCCGCCGCUCCCUCCAGACGAUUCCGCCUUCCCUCCUCCACCUCCAGAUUUCCAUGCGCCGCCUCCACCACCGGAGGAUGUACCUCCACCUGCACCUAGCGAGCAAGCUGUGACGAAGAAAAAGAAGGUGGGAUGGGGAAGUGCAAAGUCGACUACACCACUAAGUGUGGAGGAGCUCUUGAGGAAGAAGAAGGAAGCGGACGAUGCGGCUUCAAAGCCCAAAUUUCUCAGCAAAGCUCAGCGCGAGAAGCUUGCGCUGGAGAAGCGAGCGAGAGAGUUUGAGAACGAGAGACGCAAGCGAACAGCAAGUACAAACGGCAGUAUUACUUCAGAUUCCAACGGCGGGAGUCGUGAUUUUACAGGGAAGCUCGAUCUUAGCGACGCGGCUGCAAUGCGGAGUUCGCAAUCAAAAAAUGGCGACGCACGAUCUGGAGGCAAGAAUACAUCGGAUUCAACUCCCGUUGGAGAGAAAAGAACUGCGCCUGAAGACGCCCAGGCUCUUCUGAUCAAGCAGCGAUAUAUGGGCGCGGAUCAGACGUCUAAUUUUUCUGCCAAGAAGAAGAGACGGCGAACUACGGAGCGCAAGUUUAAUUUCGAAUGGAAUGUGGAGGAAGAUACCAGCCCGGAUUAUAAUCCGUUGUACCAGAACCGAUCUGAGAUGAAUUUCUUUGGACGCGGUCGAUUGGCCGGAUUUGCAGAUGAUAUGGUCGAUAAUGCAGCGAAGAAAUAUGCGAGAGCUCUUGAAGAUAGAGACCUUGAAGCCGGCAGUGCGAGAGCACGAGAAAUUCUUGAGAUGGAACGGCGCAGAAGGGAGGAAGGUGGCCGACAUGCGUUGGAUUUGCACUGGAGCCAGAAAAAGCUGGAGCAAAUGCGCGAACGAGAUUGGAGAAUUUUCAAAGAAGAUUUCAAUAUCAGCACCAAAGGCGGCAGCAUACCGAACCCGAUGCGGUCGUGGGGCGAGUCUACAUUACCAGCACGGUUGCUUGAGAUAAUUGAUAAGGUUGGAUAUAAGGAUCCGUCGCCGAUUCAGAGAGCAGCUAUCCCUAUUGCACUACAAAACCGAGAUCUCAUAGGCGUCGCGGUCACAGGUUCGGGUAAAACAGCCGCAUUUUUACUUCCCCUUCUCGUCUAUAUUGCUGAGUUACCUCGCCUUGACGAGUUCGAGUGGAGGAAGAGCGAUGGACCUUACGCUAUCAUACUGGCGCCCACCCGUGAGUUGGCGCAGCAGAUUGAGAAUGAAGCGAGAAAAUUUUGCAGUCCCCUCGGCUUCAAUGUCGUUAGUAUCGUUGGCGGCCAUUCCCUGGAAGAACAAUCAUUCAGCUUGCGGAACGGUGCUGAAAUCAUCAUUGCCACUCCCGGACGUCUAGUUGACUGCAUUGAGCGACGCAUCCUCGUGCUCAGCCAGUGCUGCUACGUGAUCAUGGAUGAAGCUGACCGCAUGAUUGACCUUGGUUUCGAAGAGCCAGUGAACAAGAUUCUUGACGCCCUUCCAGUAACAAACGAGAAACCCGAUACCGAUGAAGCCGAGGACCCGCGCGCAAUGAGCCAGCAUGUUGGAGGCAAAGAUCGGUACAGACAGACGAUGAUGUACACAGCAACCAUGCCCUCUGCUGUUGAACGAAUAGCGAGGAAGUAUCUUCGGCGCCCAGCUAUUAUCACCAUUGGGAAUGUGGGCGAGGCCGUGGAUACGGUGGAACAGCGAGUUGAAUUCAUCGCCGGUGAGGACAAGAGGAAGAAACGACUUGCGGAUAUUCUUGCAUCGGGCGAGUAUCGUCCUCCCAUCAUUGUCUUUGUUAAUAUCAAGAGGAACUGCGAUGCUGUUGCUAGGGAUAUUAAACAGAUGGGAUUCUCUGCGGUCACUCUACACGGUAGCAAAACCCAAGAACAGAGAGAAGCGGCUUUGGCUUCCGUUCGCAACGGGAACACAGACGUACUCGUUGCUACAGACCUCGCGGGGCGUGGUAUCGAUGUGCCCGAUGUCAGUCUAGUUGUAAAUUUCAACAUGGCGACGAACAUCGAGAGUUAUACCCAUCGUAUUGGACGUACAGGCCGUGCAGGAAAGAGUGGUGUGGCCAUUACGUUCCUUGGAAAUGAGGAUUCGGAUGUUAUGUAUGAUCUCAAACAAAUGCUUAUGAAGUCGUCCAUAUCACGGGUUCCCGAGGAGCUUCGCAAGCAUGAAGCGGCCCAGUCGAAGCCUAACAAGGCUGGUGGUGGACAGAAGAAGGCGGAUGAAAGCGGUGGGUUUGGGGUUAAAUCCGGGGCUGGAUGGUAG